AUGGCUGCCGCCAUCCUACUAUUGCAAUCCUCUGAGUUCUACUUCAACCUAGACCGAGAAGCAAGCCAAGUCAAACACAUGGCGGGGCUUCGAGCUAUCAUAAGUAUCAAGGGGCUACCAUCACCGCUCGACGAAUUAGAUCUCCACCUAUUCUGCGAUAGCGUUGGGACUAUCGUCCUCAAUAUGAUUCUCGACGGUGAUGAUGAUGCGUUUCAAGGACCGCGCAUCGUUAAAGCUAUGCACACUGCGCUUCACAAGGAUAAUGAAACACAAGGCAUGAGCUCGGAGCAGUACCGCCUUUGUCUGUUCACGAUGUACUGGUGCAAGCUUGCGUCUAGCCUGCGUCGUGUUUUCUUAGCGUCUGCCAUAGACUCGGUCCUCACACUGAUGGCUGAAGCAAAAGAAGUCGCGGACGCAUUACUGCGAUUCGAAGAGGACAAAUUGGCACCGAUCUUGGAGGACAAGACCAAAAUAUGGACUGUGCCUGAUGAUAGCGUGCUGGGCGGCUUCGCCUACCAGUUCUAUGACGAAAGUUACUGCGAACUCCUUCUGACACAUGUCACAAUUAGUAUCCUGGUCUGUCAGAUCCUGCUGUCCACUUGCGAGCUUCUUGCUCUGCCAGGAUAUCACCUGAGCCAGCGGCUUCGAAAACUGAGCAAGCGCAUGUGGAUGUCGAUACCAUACGUCCAAGGCAGGUCCUUGGCACAACGGGGUAGCACGGUUGUGCCUCUGAUACUCUCAUUGGAGCACGCUGAUUCGACAUGGAGCGACACUCUCGUAAGAACGAUAGUCGAAUUCUUGGGUCCUCGGUCUGUCUUCCUGCCACCGGAGCCGAUCGACUUCCUUUUGGACCACGCACUGCGUCUCACAGGGCGGUCUCACACGUAG